AUGGACACCGAACGUAAAGCUAUAGUUGAAACAUUGUCGCGACCAGAAAUUAAAGAUUUUGCGCUUCGAUCGGACAUAAAGUAUCAAAUAAAAAAUGCAGAAGAAUCGAUCAAAGCCCGAAAGGAAGGCAAUGACAUUUACAUAAAGAAAGAACACACUGACGAAGAUCAUAAAAUGAUUUUGUAUUAUUAUAACAAAAGUAUAGCUUAUGCUCCCAGUGAAUCUGAAGAACUAAUGUAUGCUUACAGUAAUCGAGCAUAUUUAUUACUACACAUCAAUAAAUACAAUGAAGCUAUAGAGAGUUUAGAUAAAGCCUUACAAUUAUCAGAUUCGAUUACGAUGAAAGUGAAACUAUACUGUCAAAAAGCCAAAUGUCUGGCUGCUCUUGGGUCCUCAAUGAAAGAUGUUGUUAUGAAAGAGAUUGAUCAAAUCUUGAAAAAAUCUAAAUUAUCUACUGAGGAGGCCACCUUUGUUACGGAUAUCAUUAAAAAAACCAAAUCGUCAAUGUCAUCGAUGAAGCAAUUCAAACCUCAGAAUGAAAAGUUCUUACAGGAAAAAGCAGAGUGCAAUCAAAUUAUAAAUGAUAGAGAGAAAGUUGAUCCUUUUGACUUUGUUGAAAUAAAAUCAACCAAAAAUAUGGGCAGAGGUCUAUAUGCCAAAACUGAUUUUAAAACAGGCGAUUUAGUACUCGUGGAAAAACCUUGCAUGAUUGGACCACAUUUUUUCAAUCAAUAUGUAUUCUGUUCACAAUGUUUAUCAGUUGCAUGGACUGGAAUCCCAUGUGAAACAUGUCAUGAUUAUAUGUUUUGCUCGCUAAAAUGUAAAAACAUGGCCUGGGAAGAGUAUCAUCAGAUUGAUUGCUCAAUAACACCAUAUCUUAUUUUAUGUGAUCCUGAAAUUCCUAAAUGGAUCGACUUGAAUCUUAAAUUUAUCAUAACAUUAAUGAAAGACAGUAAAACCAUCGAUGAGCUAAAAUCAAAACUGAACAUUACCAAAAACAAUCAAGCUAAAAUAGGGAAUGAUGAACCAAAAAAUUUUAUUAAUUUAUUUAGUAAAGUAAUGAGUUUGUCUUAUGACUUACCAAAGAAAAAUGAAGAAUUCAUUUAUAUUGGAUCCUUGCUUUUGAGAUUGGUUAAAAUAAGUGCUCUCAACUCUCAUAGUAUAUCAAAUGUAACUGCUGUAAGUUCACAAAUGAAUCCUUUCUUAGCUGGAAGAAGCACUAGAACUAGAGGUUUUUGCAUGGGACUUAUCAGUAGUAUGAUCAAUAAUAGUUGUGCACCAAAUAUUAGAAGAUGUUUUUCAGAUGAGAUGAAGUAUGUUUUUUAUGCUGUGGAACCAAUUGCCAGUGGAACUGAGGUACCCUUUAGAUUCACAGAAAUGAAAUUUAUAAAGAGAAUUAAUCCAUUGAUAGAUAGAUUUCUCCGUUCGAAAAAUACUCUUGCAAAAAAUAAGGAUAAGAAAAAUGUUAUCAACAAAGAUUUGAUAAAAACUAUGGCUGAUAUUAUGGAUGAAUUAGCUGAUGUUCUACCGCAACCUAGUUUAUCUAGAUGUAUGUUACUCAAUGUAUUUGAUGAGGUUUUCGAAAAAUAUUAUGGUCUUACUGUACCCUUUGAUAACUUUUGUUCGACAUUUAAGUGUAGUACUUUGAUGCCUUAUUACAUUUUGAAUUUUAUAAUUGUGUUUGAGUAA